UAAUAAACUACAAUUAGUGAAAAUAAAAAAAAAAUGUCCACUCUAGAUUUACCAAUGCCGCUAACAGACAUCGAAUCAAUUUUAGCCUGGGUCGACACCUACAAGUUAUCCAGACCCACCAGGAAGAUUAAUAGAGAUUUUUCUGAUGCUGUUCUUCUUGCUGAAAUCCUAAGCGUUCACUAUCCAAAGCUGGUUGAGAUGCACAAUUACCCGCCAAGAAACAGUCAUUCUCUGAAGCUGAACAACUGGAUGACGCUAAACAGAAAGGUGUUGAAGAAACUAAAGCUUAAUUUGUGUACCAACACGAUGGAACGGCUGGCAAACUGUGCACCGGGGCUGAUCGAGCGAGUGCUUGUUAUGGUCAGAGAUAAAAUACAUCGAGAUGAUGAUAUCAAUAAAAGUUUGAAAGAAGCUGAGCAAAACGUAUCCAGCGGUGGCAGCUACUACGAAGCCUGUGGAGAUGACGAACACAUAUUAGUUGUUCCCGUUAAAACCAGAGUUAAUGGUAUACUAGAAACCAUUCAAAAGAAGGUAGUUAGCCAUGAUUCAUAUCUUGCAAUCAAAGAAGAACUGAAAGAUGCCAGAGAUUGCUCCGAAGUCCUGAAACAGAAGGUUGAACAUUUGGAUAACUUACUUAAAUUAAAAGAAGAGAGGAUAGAGGAAUUACAAAAACAAUUAGAAAGGAAACAAACAAGACGUAAAGAAGUGGAAGCUCUUCAGAACAGUCUGUCAAUUCCUUUUGAAAUAGAACCACCUUCACCUAAAAUAAUUGAACUCGUCAAAAUACCGAGUAGAACAUUAUCCAUAAAAUCAUUGGAAUCUGAAGGAAGAUUAGUCAAAGAAGAAUCCAGGAUUCCUAUACCCGUAUCGGAUCAAGCUAAAUCUAAGCCAAGUAUAACUGAAGUCACGUCGAAAGACUUUACUGAAGAACAAUGCGUUAACGUUGAAAAAGUUAAAUCGGAUGUUUUUAAGGAAAUUGAAAUAACGGAUGAGAAAAAUUCUGAACAUGUUCAUGAUAAUCAAGAUUUUUCAAAUGAAAUUAAUGCAUUUGUAAAUUUAGAAGCUACAAUUCAAAACGUAAUUAAAGAAACAUGUGAUACGCUUUGUGAGAACUUCAGCGAAAAAACUUAAGAUUAAUCAACAC